AUGAGUGAGGGUGCCCCGGUAGCAUCGAAGAAAAGCGACCCAGGAGAAUUGCAGCCUCAAGAAUUCUUCUGGCGCGACCAUCAGCCAUGGCUAGAGAGCAAAGGCUACAUGCUUCGCCCCCGGUACCGUCCAGACUGGGUGCCCUCAUGGCAGGGUACGAAGUAUUUCUCCUGGAACCGCGAAGACGGAAUACUUCAGCCACGCAUAAACUUGCUUGACGCCACCAGGAUAUCUGACGGGAAGAUCGUCAUGCUGAAGAGGGUAUUCGUCCAAGAAAAUCCUCGCGAAGUGGAGAUAACUACCAAGUUCUCAAGUGAACCUUUGGUCUCUAAUCCUCGGAACCAUUGCGUUCCUAUAAUUGAGAUUCUCACCGUGCCAGACGCGGAGGAUAUCUUCCUGCUGGUCAUGCCCCUUCUACGUGCGUUCAACAGUCCUCGCUUCAAUACCUUAGGUGAAGUCAUAGAGUGCUUCGGACAAAUUUUUGAAGGCCUGCAGUUCAUGCACCAGAAUCAUGUUGCCCAUCGCGACUGCAUGGACCUGAACAUUAUGAUGGACCCAGCAGGUCUAUUCCCGGAUCUGUUCCACCCACAGAACCCCCGGUACACGAGAGACUUCAAGUCUAAGCCGAAGCACUACAGCCGUACCUUUAAGCCGACAAAAUAUUACCUCAUAGAUUUUGGGCUGUCGCGUAGUUAUGACCCUGCUGACGGUCCCCCGCGCGACUAUCCCAUCCUUGGCGGCGACAAGACUGUCCCAGAAUUCAAGGGUCAGGAUCGUGCCUAUAACCCGUUCCCCACAGACAUCUAUUACAUCGGCAACAUGAUCAGAGAAUGCUUCCUUCAGGUAUGUGCCCGUGGCGCACGAGAAGCCCUGAUGCAGGUGUCCCAUGGAGUUGAAUUCCUCGCUCCCCUUGUCAACGACAUGGUGCAAGACGACCCAACGAAGCGUCCUACGAUCGACGAAGUCGUGUCGCGCUUUGAAGAGCUACGAAAGCUAUUAACUUCGUGGCAGCUACGUUCGCGGCUGGUUCCGCUCAGCGAAACUGGCUUUCAGCGCUUCACAAGAUCGUCUGCUCACCUCGUUAGGACUGCUGGCUAUUGCCUCAUGCGUCGUUCUGCUCUUCCCACUCCUUAA